CCCACUCCCGGGGGGACGUUCCGUGGCACAGCCGCCGCGGCCGUCGCUUCUUUCACACUUUAGUUGGAGCCGCGCGCCGCGCUCAGUGACUGGAGAGCUGGCCGCGCGCCGCCGCCUCCCGCACGCACGCACGCGGGCCGGGCUGCGGGGCGCUGGGUUUCCACUCCCAGGCGCCGGGAGGAGGGGGCGACCCCGACACCUCGUGGGGAGGAGGAGGAAGAGGAGGCGGAGGGAGGAAGAAGCCCGGCGCGGAGGACAGGGCGGGGGGCGGGAGGCUGGCCACCUUCAGCCCCCCCGCGAGCGAGGUGCACGGAACUUGAACGACUCAGCAGGAAGGUGGAUUUUAAAGUCUUUAAAGAAAAGAAAAAUGUCCCUGUGUCUGUAGAGAUGAUUUGCAGUUCAGCCCGGCUGAAGCUGACCGAAUGAGACUAUGGGCUGUGCCUCCGCCAAGCAUGUUGCCACUGUUCAAAAUGAAGAGGAAGCCCAGAAAGGGAAAAACUACCAGAACGGAGAUGUGUUUGGCGAUGAGUAUAGAAUCAAACCGGUGGAAGAGGUCAAAUACAUGAAAAAUGGGGCAGAAGAGGAGCAGAAAAUAGCAGCCAGGAACCAAGAAAACUUGGAAAAAAGUGCCAGUUCAAAUGUAAGACUUAAAACUAAUAAAGAGAUUCCCGGAUUAGUCCAUCAACCCAGAGCAAACAUGCACAUCUCUGAAAGCCAACAAGAAUUCUUCAGGAUGCUGGAUGAAAAAAUUGAAAAGGGUCGAGAUUACUGUUCGGAAGAAGAGGAUAUCACAUAGCACCAAUUCUACCACUCAAACCCGGAGCUACUACUGUGUAAAUAGGUUACACCCCAGUUGAAAUCUUUGCAAAGGUCGGUUCUCUUCAACGGACAGCACUAUAGCAAAAGAAGAUCGUUCCAUAGCAUAUGCCCCAUUAAAUUACAGUGUUUCUUAAUGAACUUGCAAAGGAAUAUUGCUAAAAACAAAACAAAACUGUUAUCGAACUUUCUUUGUUGCUGCUACUUAAAACUUGUUGCAACUUUUCACUUCUCUUGUGUCCAGGUAUGCAGCAAAAUUCUGCAUUCUCACCUUAAAGAUAUUGUCGGUUUUACAGAUGCUCUCCAACCUAUUUUCUAUAAGAUGAAGUAGUGGUGAACUCAGAUAUCAAACUUCUAUUCUAAACCAGUUCCACUUCUAAGACAAGCGUCUCCUUCCUGCUCUCCUUUCUCCCUGUCUCCCCUGAGCACUAGAACUUUCCUCCUCCUCACCGACAAUGUUGAGCUUUGGAGAUGGGAUGGCUGCUUUGACAAGCCUUGUUUCUCUGCUAAGAAGAAGUAGAGAAGCAUUCAGAGCAUGUGUGACAUGACUCCUAGGAAAGAACAGCAGGUCGCUUCACUUAGUAGGUAUCUUAAUCAAGGAUUAAGCUUGCAACUUUGGCUUUGCUCAGAUGCAAACGAAAGUGUGAUCACAAUCAUUCUGAAUCCCUCUUUCCCACUUUUUUUUCUAAGAAAAUAAACAUUUUACUGUUUUUAUG